UAUAAACCCUGGCAGAGUCGCGGCGCUCGCGCUGGAAUCCUUCACUGUUCGUUCUGGGAUGUGCAUCAUCAGGCGCUGCCGCGAUCUUUCUCUGCGGUCGAAGAUAUAAUCACGCUGUUCUUGGUUGUUUAUCUUUGACAGGAUGGCUGGGGAAAAGUGCCUUCUCAAAAUGCCGAGUAAUUUUCAGCCCUCUGCCAUGUUUGAGAUCUCUGACUCUACUGACACGGAGGAGGUGACAGAGACUACUGUGGGGAGCUCCGUCACAGCCUGGAAGAAGGUGCUGUGCAGCAACAGUGUGUUGGAUUCCACUGAGUUUUGGCUUCAGAACGAUAAGACCCUCUGCAAAAUUGGCUUUCUGGAAGACAAGUGUGAUGGCAGCUGCACCACAGUCUGCUUUGUCAACCUGGACCAGGGCAGGCUGGAUCACCAUGAUGACAGUUGCAUCAAGAAACUGACCGCUGUUUCUCCUGAACUGCCUAAACUCAUCAACUCUCUGAACAUAUGGCAGUCCAAGGAGAAUGAGAUCCUGCUCCUGAGUGGCCUUGAGGUUGGCACUACUUCACCAGAGACCAUCCACCAUCAGGGUCAGCGCUCAGCGGACGUGUGUUUGGUGCAGUGCGUAAGGGGCCCGUCACUCACCCAGUCCAGCAGCAUCAUAUACCACAUCAACAAGUUUCUGAUCGGCCUGGAGUCGGGCCAGGAGCAGCAGCCCCAUGGCCACUCAGGGGGACAGAGAGGUGAAGAUGACACUAACCGCUCUGUGUCCUCCAUUGAGGAGGACUUCCUCACCGCUUCUGAGUACCUAGGCGAUGAAAGUGAGGAGGACCCUUUCCGAAAUGACGGAGACAGUGGGGAUGUUGUGGUAGAGCCCCUGGAGGAGGGAGCACGCGGCAGCAUGCCCCGUGGUCAGAGGGCACGUCUAAGCCAGAGGGGCGGGAGUGAGGACUCAGAGGCAACCGUAUGUGCUCCAGAUACACCCUCUGGGUCCUGUCCAUGCGGGACUAACCCACAGAGAGUGAGCCGUGGCAGGCAGCCCAGCCCGCUCAGCAAACAGGAGUCCGAGUCUGCAGGCCACUACGCCACCAACCUGGCAGAGUCUGUCCUUCAGGACGCUUUCAUCCGCCUGUCCCAGGACUCGCCCUCCUUCAGCACUGAGGCUGCGGUUAGCGUGUCCGCAGGCUCCCACACAGAGGACGUCCCGCACGCACGCACUCUGUCCUUCGAGCUCCCUAAAAUUGUCAUCGUGCAGAGUCCUGAUAACUGCGAAGGAGCGGCAGAGUGGCCUGGCAGCGCGCCCUCAAAUGCCACCGCAGAGCAGGACACCGCUCUCCAGCCCCCUGGGUUUGAACCCUGCCCCCUCCUUCUACCUGGACACUCUCCCAAAGCUAUAGAACUGGCUCUAGCCUGCGCAGCUAAUGUGAUCGGGACAAUAUCCAGCCCCCAGGUUACAGAGCAGCUAGCUCUGGAGAGAGAGCCAGAGGAGGAAGAGGAGGCUGAAGGUAGGGAGGAGGACUCGGCUGGAGAGGACUACUCCAUCUCCUCUGCGGUGUGUAGCAUGGCGCAGAUGGUGGGUGCAGUUGCUGUGAUGGAUCUGGCUGUGGGGAAAGAAGAGCCACAAGGGGCAUGUCCUCCAGGUGAGACCUAUUCCCCGUCAGUUGGACUCCUGUCUGCAGCGCAGGCAUCGACUGCUGUAACUCUUCACUGCGACAUUGCAGAGGGAACCACCAUCCAGCCAUUUUCUACCAACAUCGCAGGGGUUCUCCUCAGUGAGGCGUCAGCUGUUCUUUCUCAGACUGGAGAGUAUAAGAGUAUUGCAGCCUUCCUGGAGUCAACCCAAUACAAAAUUGUGGAGGCAAUUACACAUCAGAAAAAGCCUAGUGUUGACGAGAUGGAGGUUGAUAAUUUUAUCCACAUGAUUGCGGACAGCGUUUUCAAACAUGCUCUAGAGAAAGCAAUGAAAAGAAAAGAGUUGGAGGACCCUGGCAAAGAUGUGCCUGACAUACAGGGCUUUCUCUCGGAAAGUGUCAACAACCUUCUAUUUGAUGUACUUUGCAUCACAUCAAAGAAAAUCGGUGACAUUUCAAAGUGCAGUAAUGGGUCACUUGUUACACAAGAAAGUGAAGUCCACUCCAGGGACUGUGAAACUGCCAUAAAGCCACGCAGGGAGUCAUUAAGCCAAUUACAGAACCUCGCUGGGUUCAGUCACCCUGAGAAUUGUGAGCACCAGAAUAGUCUGCUUCGCUGCACAGAUAAGCCGUUAUCCUUCUCUGGGAAGAAUAAAGAAGAAAGUGUGCAGGAGGAGGAUAAAACAACUGGCUCACACUACUCGCAUAAAGGUAACGAUCAGCAGAAAUCCUUUUUGAUGACAGCCACUUCCUCCCCCAUGAAAGAAUGCACUGACCUCCCGCUCCAGCCCUGCAAGAGCAACCGAUCGACAAAUUCCACAGCCCCAAGGAGUCCUCCCACAGAUCUCUCCACCCAGAACGACACAUCAGCCAGCGUUGACAGGCUCAAGGGCAGAGCAGUGAGAGAUAAUGAAAAUAAAUCUUCUAUGAUGGCCCCCCAGCAGUCUCUGUGCUCUUCAGGGCCUGUGAUCGCAUCAAAGAUGGAAGAGGAGUACCGAUCCCCUGUGUCUUGCUUUGCAGAUGAUCUCGCAAGCACUGUGGUUUCCAUGGCCACGGAACUUGCAGCAAUAUGUUUGGAGAACUCGAGUGGGAAACAGCCCUGGUUUUGUGCCUUGAAAGGGGGGUCAGGGGUGGGACCAGAGGGUUAUUUUCUGCCCUGCCGCCCUUCAAUAAGGAGGAAGGAGGUGCAGAGCAGUGCUGUGGUUACAAAGAAACACCGUCCGCCACGUCUUAGUGAGAUCAAGCGCAAAACAGAAGAGCAGCCAGAGCUAAUGGAGCGGUUGGUCAACCGGGUGAUGGACGAGUCUGUGAUUCCGGAUGAGUCCCUCGACCCCUUCGCUGCAUUUGCCUCUGAGGUCACUGCCAAGAUCAUGAACUGCCCAGAGUUCAGUGUGGUGGACACCUCAAAACCAGGCCAACCCAGGAACAGACUGCAGUGUGAGCGCUGGAGUCGGGGGAAGGCAGCCAGCUAUGAAAGUAUCCCAGAGGAAGACCUUGAUGCUUCAAAUCUAGCUAAGACCCUAGGCCUAGGAGCAAGGCUUGGUCAGAAUCUGAGUCGUGGAAGCUCAAUUUCUAAGCAGUCUAGCUGCGAGAGCAUCACAGAUGAGUUCUCCAGGUUCAUGGUCAACCAGAUGGAGAGUGAGGGGCGGGGCUUUGACCUGCUACUGGACUACUAUGCGGGAAAGAAUGCAAGCAGCAUCUUAAAUUCCGCUGUGCAGCAGGUGGUGAGCCGAAAGAAUGGACACCUCAACGUGAGGUCCGCUUGUGUUUCCAAGCAGUCCAGCACAGAGAGCAUCACAGAGGAGUUCUACAGGUUUAUGCUCAAAGAUAUGGACAAGGAGAACAGGGACUAUAGCAUGACCAAAACGAAAGAGUGGAGUAAUAGCCUGUUGCCUCCCCCUCCAAGGUCACCCUUCUGCAUUCGCCAGUCCUCCAUGCCAGAUCGGCGAUCGUCUGACUCCAGGUUGACUGUUAACUCCCCCAUCAAGGCUAACUCUUUUGAUGGCUUCGGUCGAAAUGUGCAUGGGGACACUCUCAACAUCUACCCUGCAAGCUCGGUGUCAGCAACCGGCUUAUGCAAGUCGGACUCCUGCCUCUACCAGAGGGGUCAGACGGAUCAGAUCACAGAUAUGCUCAUUCAUGAAACCUGGUCCAACUCCAUUGAAUCCCUAAUGAGAAAAAACAAGAUCAUUGCGGAUCCAGAGGACAGUGAGGAGCUGGAGGGGCUUGGUGACUCUCAGCCGCAUGUUGAGCUUUUUGCCAACCGUUUAGCAGCUGACAUUGUGGAGAGCGGGAAGUCAGUACUUGGGGGUCAGCAGGAGGGCACAAUUGAACGGCAGCGCCUCCCAGUGGGGGAGAGAAGAAGGGGCUUCAAGCAGUCGAGGCCUGGCUCAGGAAAAAGCAGGUCCAGCCAGGACCAGCUCACCAGCUCCUGGGGGAGUGACUCUGUCUGCACGACACCAUCAAGGGCCCACAGGGAAGUCCCUCUGAUCCAUAUUGAGGGAGAUCAAAGGGAUGAGCUCACACAGGAUGCUGGGAAGACCCAGUCUCACCCUGGGGAGAUAGCACCAGUAAUCCCUCCUCAGAGGAACACAGAGAGAGCUCCAGUGCGCCACAGCAGCAGUGAAAGUGAGGGGGCAGCAGUGAGCGCAUUGGGGGGGCAGGAGGAGCUCUCUCUUAGUGCUGGCAGUGAGGAGAGCACAGGAAGUUGGUCACAGAUCGCCCCUGACGACGACCCCCAGGAUGAGACCAGUAGCUUUAUCCAGCUGAGCGAGGGAAAUGGAAACAGCAGUGCAUCCAGUCUGGGUUUGGCAGACAUGGAAGCCUUUGCUGAAAUAUCUCCAAGUAGACUGAUCAGUGAAACAGCUCUGAAGAAGAGUUCUCUGAAGGGGAGUCUGGAGAAUGUGGACGAAGGUAUCUCAGGCCUGUCCGUAGGGCUCAGCAGCGGUCACAGGGAGCUGCUGGUGGUGAACUGUGAUAUAGACCCUGAAGGUGUGGAUACUGAGCUACGGGCCACCCUGCAGUGGAUCGCCGCAUCCCAGCUGGGUGUUCCGGCGGUCUACUUCAGGAGGUCUGAAGAGAAGCAGAUGGAGAAGUUCCUGGAGGUGGUGCAGUUGGUAAAUUUGAAGUCCUGGAGGGUGAGAGAGCUCUUCAGCGCUGUGGUGCAGUACUGUAACCUCCAGGAGGAGGGCGGGGGCCAAGAUGUGUCCAGCCUGUUUGACUGGCUGCUAAAGACCCAUUAGACCCAGUAUCACCUGCCCUGGCCCGCACAAUGGACCCUGUGCGGUCACCGUGCCCCUGUCCUGUUCACUGUAGUCUCCAAGUCUUGUGACACUGUGACCUCACCUGGGAUACAGAACACCCACACUAAUACAUGCCCCCAAAAGUUUGAAAAUGAAGAAAAAUAUUUUGACGGCUGCAGAAGAGAUCUCUCCCUUUAAGAUUUGCAUGUUUCUCAUUUUCAGAUGCACAGGAAUAAAUAUUUUGUAAAAAUUGCAACAGAAAAGGCAGUAUUGGAUGUAACAAGGAUAGUUCACAUUCAGAAUUUUGUGUUUGCAGUUUUUAUGGGUGGACUUGUAAAGAAAAUUAUGAGAGUUUGUUAGUACCACUUGAUAAUUCAAUUUUACAAAGUGUUUUACAGACAAAAAAAAAAAAAAACAAGAUUACUGUUGGUUUUAAAAGUUUAAAAUUCAACAACUGGUAUUGAGGGGAAUCAACCUGUUUACACUCAUCAACAUGUCCUUUGAUUUUACUGUCACUUUCAAAUUAAUUUAUCUGUUAUUCAUAUUAUUUAAAAUUAUUUUGUAUAGUUGUAUAUAUUGUAUAUUCUAAAUUGCUGCACCUUGAAGUGAAAGACUAUUGUCUGGUUUAGUUUUUAAUACACUGAGUGAUGGAGGAGUAGGAUAAAAGUUUGUAAAGUUGAAAAAAUAUAUGUAUGUGAAUCUAGUCUGUCCGAGUUUAUCUGUGAAUUAGUGUAUUAAUGUAGUAAUGUUUUGUCAGCAUUCAAAGCACACAAUGAAGUGACUAAUCUUGUCUGUUCCUAUAUUGUUGAAUGUAUUGAGCUUUUGAAAUGAAUAAAUUUGCGUAACGUGU